CACAAGGGCAGACCGUUUGACAGCUGUUUGUUGUCUUUUUCUCCUUACGUAAACACCCCAAAACAUUAGGCCUGGUGCAGAACCGGAGGAUUUCGCGAUGUCGGUGGUGGGUUUUGUUGUGUCCCGGUUCGUCACAUGUGGCCAAAAUUUGGCCGGCCAUCGGCUCCAACAGGUACGAAACAAGUGGGCUGACUGGCGUAUGAUCAAGGACCACAAACGUCGGCAGUGUGUGGUACAGCAUGCCGAUGCUCGAUUGCGGGUCAACUCGCUACGGAAGAACACAAUCCUGCCGGUUGAGUUGAGGGAGCUUGCCAGCAAAGAGAUUGAAGCCUUCCCCAGGGAUUCGUCGUUGGUGCGCGUACGGGAACGGUGCGCUGUAACUUCGCGACCGCGUGGUAUCGUUCACCGGUGGCGGGUCAGCCGUAUCGUAUGGCGUCACAUGGCCGACUACAACAAGCUGUCCGGUGUGCAGCGGGCGAUGUGGUAGCUGAUGAACACGUUAGAAUUAUAUAGCAAUACUGCACCAAUAGAGGGAAACAAUUCGGGAAACGAAUGUAUUACAAACAUGUAAAUUUGUCUGUAGCUUCAAAAUGCUAAAUAUGAUUCCUGCAUUUCAAAUAAAGCUCUCGAUGCGCUGCCAUCUA